GGACAAUGUAGGACUAUCGCUUAUGUUAUGGCACGCCACAAUCAGAGCUCAAGAAAACAACGAGAGAGGUUCCAGUAAUCCAGUCAACUUACUUAGUUAGUUGGUUUGGUUGCGCCAUGAGAAUAACUUUAGUAUAAAUGCACUGAAAGAGCCUGAUAUGAACUCGCGUUUCGGAACGAGAACAAUUCGAGAAGUCCAUGCAAGAACAAUGAAGAGAUAUGGAUAUAAAUGAGUCAUGCUGAGGAGGAAUAGAAACCACUAAGUUCAGCAACCGAGUAUUUAUAUAUACACUAUCGAUAUAUACGCGUUUUUAGCCUGGCAUGAUCUUUAUUGUUUUGACGUUUUCAUUUGUUUGAAUGUCCUGAUGAUGAUGAUGUCGAGCACGGGAAAACAUGGGAAUACUCUCGGGUUCUCAGUGAUGUCGUGAAGAUGGGCACUAUUGUGGAGAGUCAGGCAGACGCGGGCGGUUGAGCUGGCGUUGAGUACAGAGAGAAUGCACUUAUUCCAUGUUGGCACCAACAAAAUCUGCUUCCUGCUCUCCGUGCUCUUUUGUGCCCUACUAGUGCUUCUUAUACCCUCACUACAAGCACCACAGCGCCAGGGGGAUCUGCCCCAACCCCGGCCGCAUGCCAAGCCCACCAGAGCCGGGCGCAUACGUGACCUCCGCAGAAACCCCGACUCAGCCGGACGCCAAGGAAGUGACAAUGCCAAGGAUGACAGUUUCACCCACCCACAUGCUCUCAGGGGCCGAUCCAAAGACUUGCAAAGGGUGUUAGAAGGGGACACGGCACGUGCCAACUCUCAUGGGUCCCAUUCCAAAGACGCUUUGGACUUAAGAGACAUUUUUAUUGCCGUUAAGACAACCAGGAAAUAUCACAGGUCCAGACUGCAGCUUCUGUCCCAGACUUGGGUGUCGAAGGCAAAGGAACAGACUUUUUUCUUUACUGAUGCAGAGGAUAAGGAUCUAAGACAGAAAACAGGACUCAACAUCAUCAACACAAACUGUUCUGCGGCGCACACCCGUCAAGCCCUCUGCUGUAAGAUGUCGGUGGAGUAUGACAAGUUCAUCGAAUCACAGAAAAAGUGGUUUUGUCAUGUGGACGAUGAUAAUUAUGUCAUCAUGCCCAGUUUGCUGGAGCUUCUCUCCUCCUAUUCUCACACACAGGAUGUGUACCUGGGCAGACCCAGUCUGGAUCACCCAAUAGAGGCUGCUGAGAGGGUCAAGAGCGAUGGAUCGGUCUCUGUUAAGUUCUGGUUUGCUACUGGAGGAGCGGGGUUUUGUAUCAGCCGGGGUUUAGCACUCAAAAUGAGUCCAUGGGCAAGCCUUGGAAACUUCAUUACGACUGCAGAAAAGAUUCGCCUUCCAGAUGACUGUACAAUAGGUUACAUUAUUGAGGCUCUGCUUGAAGUUCCUCUGACACACACAGGACUUUUUCACUCACACCUGGAGAAUCUCCAAAGACUUCCUACUGACAACAUUCUCAAACAGGUGACCCUCAGUUAUGGUGGUUUUGAGAACAGGAGGAAUGUGGUCAGUGUCGGAGGAGUGUUCUCAUUGGCUGAAGAUCCUUCACGGUUCAAAACGGUUCACUGCCUACUCUACCCAGACACUGAAUGGUGCCCACGCAAGACUCACUGACCUUUUACUGGGAUAUGAAUGCUUCAUCAAAGACUAUUGCCAUCUUUCCACAAAACUCUUUAUGCCAUGCCAAUACUUGGAAUAACUGAGGUGUUUGGCAGUAUGUAACAGUAAAACAUUGUGAAACAUUGAAAUGUUCAGGCCUCAAAAGCUAUGGGUCGUUUUGUGACUGUAAUUUAUUUAAACAUUUGUUUUCUUAAAAUGUGUUUUGGAAAUGAUGAGAAUGACAUGUUGUUGUCCAUGUUGUGGGCUUUGGAAAGGCGAUGUUCUCAUAAACGCCUCUUAAGAGAAACAGUAUUGAUUCAGUAUUUUGUCUUCAUUUAGGCAACUCAGCAGCUAUUGCCAAUGCUUUUUUAGCCUUUUGCGAUAAACUUAAAUAGUUUAUCUAUGUUUGUUGUUUUUAGAUGCCAGGAGACAGUAUGCACUAAGUUCAGAACUCUAUAGCUUGCAGGCAAACACUCUUGAAUGAAGUCAAGUAAAAAUACACAGACCAAAAAUCACACCGUUUUUAGCAGUCCAGAAAUGCUUUUUGUCUUUUGUUUACCAUUUGAUAUUCUCAUGUGUUUAAUUUUUAGCAAAAUGAAUUGAUUUGUUUAUAUUUAAACAAGGUGAUGAUAAACGUCUUGUAGAUUAGAAUCUUGUGAUCAGUGUUCGUGUUUCUGUUGUUUCUUGUGCUGUCCAUUUGUUUUCUUUGAUUUUUGCACAAACAUGUUCCUCACUGCAGGCCAGUGGUUUGCGUAACCAUACCAAAACUACCCUUUAGUUUUAGUUAAAUAUUUUGUUCAUGUGACAGCUUUCGCUUAGCAUUAUGCAGGAUAUGUAACACUGCCAAAAGUUUCUGGAGUUGAGUGUUAAAGUGAUUGCAUCUCCAUUGAGCUUUUUUAAUCUGAUGUAUUAAACAUUUUGCAAAGUAUGAUUUACGUUUUAAUAAAUAUAUUUAUUAUGCA